AUACGUGCUUUUGGCCACUAGAGGCCUCUAGCAUUCAUUUAUAUAUACAGUCAUUUGCCUGACUGCGGUCUCGACUACUGUUUCCCAUGGACACCGUGCGAAAGCGAGGCGGCUGGUGUGUUUCCGCUUACCUCACACUGAGAAGAACGAAACCGGUUAGCUUUUGGGACAAAGCGAAGGAAACGACAAUACCAUACAAAAAUAAGCCAUUUCGCACUUAGCCUAACAUUUGGAGAAUAGUCUGUCUAUUUGAAUGAUUUGAGUCCAUGUCCCGACAGUGAGAACGAAGAGGAGGGCUUGAAGGCAUUUAGGCUUUUCGUUGGUUGAACCUCAGCGAAUUGUAGAGCUGGUACCCAGGGGAAAGAUGAGCGAUGGAAUGGUAUUGUGUGAGACGAGAGCCCUGGGUUCCUCUCCAGUCCACAGACUGGCUACGUCUGUACUCCUCCUCCUCCUCGCCCUGCUCCCCCACGGACACGCAUCAGGAUGUCCUCGACCGGUGGCCGUGGUGCACGGGGAGCUGGUGAACCAGACGGAGGUGAACCGAGGCUCCUUCCCUCCUGGUACCCUGCUGUCCUAUAGCUGUGAGCCGGGCUACGCCCCCGAUGGACCCGCCUCCAUCACCUGUACCACCGCUGGGACAUGGUCCCGCCUGCCUCUACGCUGCAUCAGCACUAAUGUGUGCCCCCCUCCCACGGAGCCAGAGAACGGAGGGUACAGGUGCCACCCGUCUCCCUGCCACCACCUCACCCAGAAGACCGUGAUAGAGUACUUCUGUGACGAGGGCUACGCUCUGAAGGGGGACCUCAAGUUCCUGACCUGUCAGAAUGGGGAGUGGGACGUACCCAUGCAGAUCACCUGCCGCCUCAGCCCAGAUAAGGAGCCGCGGUCUCCGUUGGCGAUGCCGACUCUGUCCAUCGUAGCGGCCACAGCCUCCUCUGUGGCCCUCCUGUUGCUGCUGGUGGUGCUGUUUGUUCUGCUGCAGCCCAAACUCAAGUCCUUCCACCACAGCAGGCGUGAGCAGGGUGUCUCAGGCCAGCCAGCCUCUAUCGUGGUGGAAGGGGUCCAGGUGGCCCUCCCCUCCUAUGAGGAGGCUGUGUACGGCAGCGGAGCCUCUCUCCCCCCACCUCAAGAGUCCCGGGUUCAGAUCGUCCUGUCUGAGGGGCCCCAGGGGGCCGAGGGCGGAGCAGAGGGACCAGGUCCCAGCAGUAGGUCCCAGUCCCACCAUCACAGAGACAGAGCGAGAGAUACAGAGCUGUGCCUCCCCUCCUCCUCUUCCUCCUUCCCUUCAUCCUGCCGUCACGCAGAGACAGUACUAGUCCACCAGGCCUCCUCUUCGUCGUCGUGGGUUACGGCACACGGAGGGGGUGCCCUUGCCAGACGUAGAGACUCAGAGAACAGUGACCAGCACAGCCUGCUUUCUGUCACCUCCGUAGACGACUUCUCUGAUGAUAUCCCCCUGUUAAAGGAAACCUGAAGCCCCUGCCAGCUGAGCAGGAAACUAAGGCUUCUACUGGGGCUUUCUAGCUGAACGAUACCACCCUACCUUAUGUCUGAACCACAGAACUACAGAAUUACCCCGCGCAGCAAAUACAGGAAUCAUGUCAAAGAAACUCAACUUCCCUCCCCCUCUACAAAGACGAGCAGAGUCCACUUCACCCCCAUUUAUUAUCACCCACAGAACUUAUACUGGACAAACCAUGUCCACCCCCAGUAUCCUCUACCCAUGUCCUGGCUACCCCUUCUGCCAUGAUCUCUAAACUACUACCCGUGUGGAGAAAAGACGAGACUACCCUCUUUCUUUCUCACUGGGAACUGACGAGCCCUUAAUUCCUCCUGUCCCCCUCAGUUUUAGAAUGGACCUCAACACAGACAGACAGACAGACAGACAGACAGACAGACAGACAGACAGACAGGCCUAGCUGCUUGACCCCAAUCAUCCACACUUCCCUUUAGGCCUAGCUGCUUGUCCCCAAUCAUCCACACUUCCCUUUAGGCCUAGCUGCUUGUCCCCAAUCAUCCACACUUCCCUCUAGGCCUAACUUCCUGACCCCAAUCAUCCACAAUUCCCUCUAGGUCUAGCUGCAUGACCCCAAUCAUCCACACUUCCCUCUAGGUCUAGCUGCUUGACCCCAAUCAUCCACACUUCCCUCUAGGCCUAACUUCCUGACCCCAAUCAUCCACACUUCCCUCUAGGCCUAGCUGCUUGACCCCAAUCAUCCACACUUCCCUCUAGGCCUAACUUCCUGACCCCAAUCAUCCACACUUCCGUCUAGGCCUAACUUCCUGACCCCAAUCAUCCACACUUCCCUCUAGGUCUAGCUGCUUGACCCCAAUCAUCCACACUUCCCUCUAGGCCUAACUUCCUGACCCCAAUCAUCCACACUUCCCUCUAGACCUAACUUCCUGACCCCAAUCAUCCACACUUCCCUCUAGACCUAACUUCCUGACCCCAAUCAUCCACACUUCCCUCUAGACCUAACUUCCUGACCCCAAUCAUCCACACUUCCCUCUAGACCUAACUUCCUGACCCCAAUCAUCCACACUUCCCUCUAGGCCUAACUUUCUGACCCCAAUCAUCCACACUUCCCUCUAGGCCUAACUUCCUGACCCCAAUCAUCCACACUUCCCUCUAGGCCUAACUUCCUGACCCCAAUCAUCCACACUUCCCUCUAGGCCUAACUUCCUGACCCCAAUCAUCCACACUUCCCUCUAGACCUAACUUCCUGACCCCAAUCAUCCACACUUCCCUCUAGGCCUAACUUCCUGACCCCAAUCAUCCACACUUCCCUCUAGGCCUAGCUGCUUGACCCCAAUCAUCCACACUUCCCUCUAGGCCUAACUUCCUGACCCCAAUCAUCCACACUUCCCUCUAGGCCUAACUUCCUGACCCCAAUCAUCCACACUUCCCUCUAGGCCUAACUUCCUGACCCCAAUCAUCCACACUUCCCUCUAGACCUAACUUCCUGACCCCAAUCAUCCACACUUCCCUCUAGACCUAACUUCCUGACCCCAAUCAUCCACACUUCCAAACGCUUUAUCUCAAACCACAAGGCUAGUAGCUAACAUAAUAAUGUUUUUAUCGCUGCUGAUGAUGAAGAUGAUGAUGAAGAUUACUGUGGAUACAGACUUGUGCAUCUCCCUACUCUAAUGGGGAUAAGGAGCAUCUCUCUUCAGUGAGGACUAUCUUGGUUUGGGCCUUGGCCUGGUUCGCCGGCGUUCUCUCUGGUGAUGUAUCGACGACGUCCUGGGGGGGGGAGGGCCGGGGGCCCUGUCUGUCCACUCUGUAUGAAGCCCCUCUUCCUUUCUCUGCUGUCACUCUCUGGUGUCUUCUUGGGUCAGCCAGCGCCACUUUCGUCUGAGGGGACCAGGAGUGACGCCGUCUGUCAGAAGACGAUGCACGUAGGAUGGAGGGAGGGAGGGAGGGAGCACAUCACCAGACCAAGCACCUGCAGGGCUACAGACAGACUAUCACUCUAUCAUGGUAGGAUGGAUGGAGGGAGGGAGCACAUCACCACACCAAGCACCUGCAGGGCUACAGACAGACUAUCACUCUAUCAUGGUAGGAUGGAUGGAGGGAGGGAGCACAUCACCAGACCAAGCACCCGCAGGGCUACAGACAGACACUAUCACUCUAUCAUG